AUUUUCUAAUCUAUAAUAUAAUAAUCAAAACGAUUAUCCAAUUAAACGGGUGAUGAAUGUCAAUCCGAUGAGCCGAGUGCUUUUUAAGUACAGUGCAAUUUCGCAAUUUAUAUUAAUAUAAUACCCAUCAAGUCAGAAUUAAUAUAAAAGCCAACGUAAGUAACUUCAAUCGGUUAUUUUGUUGCCGCUACAGAAUCUUAGCUAACGUUACGGGAUGAAGACACUCAGUUUGAUACCAUUUGUCAUUGGGUUGAUUGGGUUAGAGACGUGUCGAGAGGAGUCGCCGGAGCUAUGGAAGUUUGGACCGGAGUAUUUAUUUAAAUUCGGAGUAAAUUUGGGAAUUAAAAAGGAACUUCCAGAGAUGAAAUUACGUGUAAACGCAACAAUGACUGUAAAAUGCCGACCUUUUUCAACAAAAGCUGAGGAAUUUACCGACGCGCUGCAGUGCUACGUCCAUGAGGCCGAGAAAAUAAACUACAACGUAGAUGAGGAAGGCACCAAGAUUUUAAACAGUGAUGAAGACUCCCAGAAGCUGGUGGCCAAGCUUAUUGGUCACAAGUUUGAGAUUAUUUACGAGAAACGCGGGAUUAAGGAGUUGAAGGUCCCGAUUUCGAUUGAGGGCGUACAGCUCAAUAUCUUUCGGAUGAUUGCCAGCCAUUUGGAUUUCGGGUUUGACAAAUUUGACAAGGGAGGAGAGAGAUUCGCGUUCGUCGAAGUCGUCGCUCCGGAAAAGUCCCUUAUUGGAAAGUGCGAGACCACCUUCGAAGUAUCCAAACAGAUAAAGUUCAAAGGCAUGCGCUGGGACAGUAAGUGUGGGGACAAAUUGCAUAUUGAGACGUUUGCUUACGGAGAUAAGAGCCCGAUGAUUGCCAUGGAUAAGAUAAGAGAUGUCAAAAAAUGUACCAAGAUAAGUCCUACUAUUUUUGGAGAAGUUCAUAAUCGACUUAUACCUGCUAUUUUGAAUAUUACAAUGCAAUCUUCAGUCACCACGUUUAUCGUAGCGCCUCAUGGCUUCCAGUCUCACAGCCAAAAUAUUGGGACAAUGAAGUAUAAUUCUAAUAUGGUUAAAAAUAAUGAUGGAAAACUGGGUGAUAGUCAUGAACAUAUUAAUCUGUAUUUGGAGUCCAUUGAACCAGCGACUGAUGAAUUCAAACGAAUUACUUCAUCUCAUUCUGCUACAAUAUUUGCGAAUGAUCCACCAAUUGUAAAUUAAUAAUUAAUUUUUUUAAAUUACUAUACUCAAACUACAAGUGCAUGAAUAAUAAAGACUUUUUUUAGCUGUAAGAUUGAAUUUAUUUAAAUAAUGAUUACAUAAUAUAAACCAUGUACACUCUCAAUCUAAUAAAUGAUUUUAUAAAAAAUGAAA